AUGGUUGGUGCUAUUAUAAGUCCAAUACACCCGUUUAGCCAUCACCGCUGCCCCCCUUGCAGCAGAAUAGACCGGAUCCAGCGCGAAAAUGGCCGAUUUGUUUGGCAACACCCCCUCCACAGCUUCCCUCAAAACCGCCUGAAAUUGCUUAUCCAGAGCACGGUCUCCAUGCAACAAGACCUUGCUCGUCUCCCUGUUGAGAAACCUAUUCGCCUCCAGUACCGGCUUGAUGAUGGCGUCCCUGACCUCUGCCCAGUAGUACUCUUGUUUCGGAUUCUUAUGUCGGCUGUCCCAACCGAGACUCGCAUCCGCCACCUUGUGCACGUCAGCGGCAGGAAACAUAGAAAAACCAAGAGAGAGAUCUGUAUCAAAAACCACACUGAUAAAUGUCCACCGCAGUCAGGCACAGGAAUAGACAUUGCGAAGUCUCUCUACGCACAUGGAUGGAAAGUCGCCUGUGUUGGUCGCCGGAGGCAGGCGGGCGAAGACAUAGUGAAGAGCCUGGGCGAGAACGCGCUGUUUUUCCAGGCCGAUGUAGCAGACUACCAGAGCCAGGCGAACAUGUUUCGCCAGGUGCACCAGCUCUGGGGACGCAUCGAUGCGCUGUGCGCCAAUGCCGGCAUCGUGGACCAGUCCUCCAUCUACAUCCUCGACCGGCGCGGCAAAGGCAUCGACGAUAUCCCUCCUGAGCCCGAUCUCUCCUGCACCGAUAUUGACUACAAGGGCGUCAUUUACGGAGUCGUGCUCGCGACGCAUUUUAUGCGGCACAACCAGCCUCGACCGGCGGGCAAGAUCGUCGUCACCAGCAGCAUCGGCGGCAUCUUCCCGCACCGAUCCUAUCCAGAAUACUGCGGGGUCAAGGCAAAUGUCAUCCAGCUCGUUCGAGGGGUUGCUCCGCUGCUCAAUAUAAAAGAUAAUAUCCUCGUGAAUUGCGUCCUUCCGGGUAUUGUUUCUACGCCAAUUGUCCCGCUGGAAAUGAUUGCCGCGGUGUCGCCAGAAUGUUUGACGCCAGUCAAGACUAUUCUAGAUGCUUACCGACUCUUCUUGGAGGACGACACGGGCAUGGCGGGUGAGGUACUCGAGUGCUCCGCGGACAAAUUAAUCUUCUACAACCUGCCCGAGAUGGGAAAUGGGCACGUCACCAAACGCGCGGUCACAGUCUGGGAGCCGCUCUUUCGACAGAUGCAUGGGGAGGAUUCCCAACUCCCGGACGCGAUUCCGUGA